AUGCAGUACACAAACUCUGGCCCUGGUGGCACUGCUGAGAUGUGCUUCAAUAAAGCAGAGCCGCUGGUAAACUACUCCUUUGGAACAUGUCAACAGAGGAAGGUCUUUCCUCACUCCUGUCCCCCAAGCUUGUUGAGGAACAAGUUUCUCCCUUUUAGGGGAGAGCCCAACAGAGGGCCUGGAUGUUACAUAGCAGAAGAUAGGUAUGGCUUGGCAUACAACCUCUCUAAGGUCCCGACCAGUAUAAAAGGAUAUGCUUUGGGAGCCAGAACAGCCGUGAGGUUUAAGCCAAUUAACAAGGAUAUGACACCUUACCCAGGCAUGUACCAGACAGUCAAUCCUCGAGAGCAAAAACACAAACACAAUUUUGCUCCAUUUAAUUCUUUGCUGCCUCGAUUUAGGACAUACUUAAAGGACUCUUGUUAUCCUGGCCCCACCACAUACAACCCAGAGAUAAAGCCACCCAAAAAAGUCACCUGGCCAAUGAAAUUUGGAUCUCCAGACUGGGCUCAGGUUCCAUGUCUACAGAAAAGAACCCUGAGAGCAGAGCUGCCCACAGACAAAGACUUUAGAAAGCAUCGGAACCAUGUGGCCUACCUAAGCCUGUAUUACAACUGAAAAGCUGUGACUACCUUCACGUGUUCCUCCUGACCACAGACUCUCCAGGAUUGAGGACAGAGCUGCUCUUGUCCUGCAUUGCUCUGGCCCGCCUGUCUGCCAGCAUGGGGCACAGGGAGGGGCAAGGGACUCAUCACUACUAUAUGACAGCAUAAAGACUAGUUCAGAGGGCUCUCUCUCCAUGUGCUGGUUUGUUGUAUAUACAUGUAGAUGGGUCAAGGGGGUUUCUACUGAGUGUUCAGUGGGGUGGCUUCACUUUACUGAAAUAUUUGUGGGUCCCUGCCCUCUAGCUCUAAUUCCCAGGCACGAGUUUUAUGUUUUAUACCACUAGCCCUCGUGAUAGGUGACUGUUAGUCUAUACAUAUCAAGGAUUUGGAUGGCUUGCUUGGCCUUGUAUUUGGGCUUGCUAGAAGCAGAGGAUACUUAAAGGCAGUGUUAAUGUUUAGGUUUUAGGAGCUCUUCCAAGUGUCUGAGUUCCCCAGCAUGGAUUGGGGAGGUCCUGAUUUGAUUGCCUUUCCCAGAUUUGUGUAAAACUCACAGAAUCAAAAUAUCCCCCCUUUCCCAUUACAUCAUCUAUUUAGUCUUUCAGUCAUCAUCAUAUUGAGUUCCUACCAUGCAUCAGGCAGAGUGACAAACACUGGGGAUACAGCAAGAAUCAAAAUAAACUCACUUACUGGCUUCUUGAGCCUGGACUGAAGUAUGAGAAGGACUCCCCAGGGAGGCUAAUGGAUUGGAUCUGUUCCCCACUCCCAGUUUGAAUGAUGCCCUGAAGCCUUACAAGUUACUCUAGGUGUGUUAAGGUCAGAACUCAUAGCAGCCACAUUCAAUGUACUUAUCUAGACACUGGCCUGGGAGACAGGGCUUUUCCUUCCAGCACAAACUGAAAUAACUCAAGUAUGGUUCCUUCAGAAAGGGCAUUAAGUAUAGUCUACCUUAUCUUUUAAUGGGAAGGUCCUUUUGUGCCUACUUAGCCUUCUUAGUAAUUAUCAGACCGAUAGCAAGUCUUCAUGUGUCUGGAUACCAAAGAGUGAGAUGCUGCUAGUGCCUCAAAAAGCUGUAGCCUGAUGUACUCUUCAGGGUCAGCGUAUGAUAAGUGUUAGCUGGUGAAAGAAGCACUAGGAGUUGAAACCUAUUGGGAGUAUGAUGCUGAGAGGUCUAAUUCCUUAGGGGCCAAGAUCUUCUGAAGAAAAAUGGUGAAAGACAAGUCCACUGGAAAUCAAAUUAGAAUAUUGAGAUAAUGUUAAAUAUACCUCAGUCUAAAAACUUUUACUUCAUUUAAUCUGAUCAUUUAAAGAUUUCUCUUAUCUUGUCAAGAAGUAUUUUUAUGACUUGAGAUAAAUCAAGAUUAACAUCUCUCACCGCUUUUGCACACCUCCCUCCCUUUUCUCCUCUGGAUCCACACACAUGCUGCUUUUUCCAGAGGUGGUAAUUUAGCAUUCAUUAUUUUUUCUGACUUAGGGUCUUGGGCCCCUUCUUUGGAGGAUAUUGACAGGGAUGAGAGAACAUCUUUCACACUGUUUUUUGGUUCAUACUCUCAAGGCUUUUGCCAGGGAAGGCAACUCCCCUUUCUAAAAUAGUAAUCUGAUUUGACAAAAAGUAAAAAUUUUACUAUAGCUUCAGUUAACCUCCAGGGUCCCUUGAAAUGCUUAAUUGUA